CAGCAAGCAUGACUUUUUCCAAUACUGCAUGUUGUCAAGCUUUGCAUCUUCACAUUUCCAUGUCUAGACUCACAUGUAUAGAUGGUCUCGGCCGUGUCACCCCGCCGUGGCUUGUGUUCGGCUAUGACUCAGGCAUCAAUUUUCACUUCACAGGUUGCUAGCUAUCAAGAGAACUCUAGAACUAAUCCUGCACCCAUUGACUGUCAUCUACCAUGUCGUUGACCAAUGCCACUCCUCUCGAAGUCGCGCGUGCUGCGCGUCUGGGUUCGCGACAACUGGCUGUGCUUCCGGUGCAAGCCCGUAAUGAUGCAUUGACAGCCAUCCACGACGCUCUGGCCGCUGGCAAGGAUGACAUCCUCGCUGCAAAUCAUCGUGACCUUACUGCAGCGACCAAGGCUGCAGAAGGUGGUCAGUUGAGCCAAAGUCUGGUCAAGAGACUAGAUCUGGGCAAGAAGGGCAAGUUUGAGGACAUGCUACAGGGCAUCCUUGACGUUCGAGGUCUUGAGGAUCCGAAUGGCAAGGUCCAACAGAAGCUGCUACUCGAUGAUGGGCUUAUACUCGAGCGCAAGUCCUGUCCUAUUGGUGUGCUGCUUAUUAUCUUUGAGGCUCGUCCGGAGGUCAUUGCAAAUAUUGCUUCUCUGGCCAUCAAGUCUGGAAAUGCAGCCAUCUUGAAAGGCGGCAAGGAAUCUACAGAGUCAUUCAAAACCAUCUCGAGUCUCAUAUCUAACGCGCUGGCCAAGACGCAAGUGCCACAAGAUUGCCUUCAAUUAGUACAGACGCAUGAUGUCAUUGGUGAACUAUUAAAGCUCGAUCAAUACAUAGAUCUGGUCAUUCCUCGCGGCGGCAAUAAACUAGUCGUCACUAUUAAGAAUAGCACUUCUAUACCGGUGCUUGGCCACGCUGAUGGACUAUGCUCCAUCUAUGUUCGACACGAUAGUCCUGUCGACGUCGCCGUCAAGGUCAUUGUAGAUUCCAAGACAAGCUAUCCGGCUGCCUGCAACGCAGUAGAGACUCUGCUGGUCGAUGCAGAUGCUCUAGAAACAACACUUCCCAAAGUCGCAGAGGCCCUUCUUGCCGAAGGUGUUUCACUCCGUUGUGAUGGCCAGUCCAAGACAGCUCUUACUUCCAAACUCGAUCAGCACAAUGCGGCCAUGAUACAAGAUGCCACAGAGGAAGACUUCCGAACAGAGUUCCUCGACCUAACACUCGCAGUCAAGACGAUACCAGCGACUUCAAACGCCGGAGAAGCACUGGACUUGGCAAUUGCUCAUAUAAACGAACACUCGUCCCACCACACCGAUGCCAUCUUGACUCAAUCAGAAAGCAUGGCGCGACGCUUCCAGGCGGGAGUCGACAGUUCGUCCGUGUACUGGAAUGCAAGCACGCGGUUUGCCGAUGGCCAGAGAUACGGCUUCGGCACGGAAGUUGGCAUCAGCACAAACAAGAUUCACUCUCGAGGGCCUGUCGGUCUGGACGGUCUGAUGAUAUACAAAUGGCUGAUUGAUGGCACUGGCCAAGUGACCAAGGACUACGGAUCUGGUGGUACGCGGCAAUUCAAGCAUCAGCAGAUUCCCGUGGGGCACGAGGUGGCAGAAGGCAUGGCCCGCAACGCCGAGGAAUUGGAAUUGUUGAAGAACUUCCGAGCGCAGGGACCGAACGGACAUUCAUAAUGCGUUGUCAUAAUUGUAGCAGCAGCUCGUGGUCGUUUAUUGCAGAAAAGCAUAAUGCGGAAUCGAGUCAGUGUUUACUAAUUAAUACCUUAUAAUACCCGGACGGAUAAGCUAAGACUACCG